GAGAAGUGACUUGCUGGUAGCUGAGGCCGAGGACAUUUCGGGAACCCAGAGGAAGUGAACGUACAUCGUUAGAAGCCGCUAUCAAUUAACGGCUAGUGAAGACAGAAAACUAUGUGUGAUCUUUGGAGUGUGUAACUCAGUGAGACUGUCGUAGUUAAUUGUAGUUGCGAGUGUGAGUUUCCAAUAAAUCCAGUUACUAAUCCAAAACCCGACUAUAGUCAGUCACGUGGCAAUAUAUACAAAUUCAGUUCGUACCUCACGGGAAACACAUUACGUCUACAUUGCAAAGACUAACCCGUUAAUGCUGUUUAGGAAAACAGUCCAUGUUUGUUGUGACAGUUGUACAGAACACACACUUGUUCAAAAUGCAGAGUUUCUGAAUGAUAAAACCAUUGGUAUUCCACAUCCUGGACUGUUGACUUUGUGGAAUAAGGAGUCAGAAGAGCUACAGUGGAAGGUGUUCUGUGCAGCUGUUUCGCCCCGACUUGACCCCAAAUUACUAAGAGAGCUGCCUCCACGCCUAGUCAUUCCAGCUGCAUCACUUACCUACCUCUGCCAUGAGUUGGAUGGUAAGGGCCUGGAAUUCUGGGAGGCAGAAUCACUGAUAAUCCAAGCUGUAAUACUGAAGGAAUAUGACACUGAGGUCCUCUCAAAGCUGAAGGUACCAGAUGUAUACACACGAGCUGUCCGCAUCAGCACCCUGUUCAUGAGGACUGCUUUCAUCAUGAUGAUGCUGCUGGCUUCAUGUGGCUACCCUAUUACUAUUGCCGAGACGCUGCCAUUUAAAUAUUUCGAUGGGAAGCUGUUUGGCUGUGUAUAUCACAAAACAAAGCUGGGGACAAAUUAUGAGGAUCAGUGCUCUCACAAGGCUGAGCUAAUGGACUGGUAUCUAAAGGUGCGGCAGAUUGUGUGUGGACAUCUGGAAAAUUAAUUUUCUGGGCGUCCUUUCUGGAGCCUUCAGACCAGCACUGAGUCAUGUUCACUUGCUUAUGGUUCCAGCAGAGAGACACCAAGAGACAGGGCAUGGCAGAUUGCAGACUUUACUAUACAUGUAUUUUAAAAGAUUAGAAAUAAAAAGUUUUAACUGUGUA